AACGUCCUUAAAAGCUGUUGGCUGUAUACAGAUACUAAAAUAGUUGCCGAAAGUAUACGUUAUAAGACAAAAAAGUAUUAUACAACGUUUGCAAACACUGGGUUCGUAGCUAACGUUGUAAACAUCGGCACAAGUUUCUCUGGCGCCGGUGGUGCUGUGAGGUUUUCGCUCAUCCGUGGCGUUGAUUGUGAGGUGGUUGGUUUCUGUGCGAAACGGUGCUCUUAAAUGCCUUCGAAAGGCGAAGACAUACUAAAUGGAUUUAAGCUGAAUUGGAUGAAUUUAAGAGAUGCUGACACCGGCAAAAUGCUUUGGCAAGGGACCGACGAUCUGUCUAAACCGGACGUUGAACACGAAGCUAGAGUUCCUAAGAAGAUAUUAAAAUGCCGUGCCGUGUCCCGAGAGAUCAAUUUCUCAUCUAUCGAGUCAAUGGAAAAAUUUCGACUCGAGCAAAAGGUUCUCUUCAAAGGGCGGUGCCUGGAAGAGUGGUUUUUUGAGUUUGGCUUCGUCAUCCCCAAUUCCACCAAUACGUGGCAGUCAUUAAUAGAGGCAGCGCCCGAAUCUCAGAUGAUGCCUGCUAACGUAUUGAAUGGGAAUGUCGUAAUAGAGACGAAGUUUUUCGACGACAACCUUCUUGUGAGCACGUCUAAGGUCCGCCUGUAUUACAUUUGAGCCCCAGGCGCGAUGCUUGGCACGACACUUGGGAAUCCUGCAGCAACACCUUCAUCACUGCUGCCUCUCCCAGAGCUCACAUCUGUGGCGUCUCGAACAAACAGCAGUUUCUCUAUUGCUUGCAUUUUUCUUCCCAGAUUGCCAAACAGCUUGCGUCCUUUUACACAUUCUUUUUUUUUUUUUUGCCUUUUAUAACCUUUUCUGACCAUUUCUGGAACCACUGAAGAAAGUCAUUUUAAGUUUUGUUACAUUGGCGACCACUUUGUUACAUCCUUUAUUCCCCCGAUCAUUUGUACAUAGUUUUUUGUUGAUGAGCCACGAGUCGUGUGGCCAAUGAGUAUUUAAAAUCUUGUCUGUUUCGUUUUGUUGGUUCUUAGUGUCCGAGUGUUGUUUGUUGUUGAUUGUGCUGAAAGCCCAUGCCAGUGCAGAAUGAGAGAUAUUAAUGGGCAGCUGCUACGGGCAUGUUAUGUUCGCCGUGUGCUAUUUCAAUUUCUGUAGCUGCUGUUAUGUAAAUCUGUAGUGCGUACUUUAUUUUGGGCUCGUCAGAACCCUCAUGUGGUGGUUUGCAGCCGCACUAGUCCAGACAAGAGUGUAAACAAGGCAUCAUGAUCGUGAUGCAAAAAUGUUGCCUCCUGAAGCUUUCUCACACAUUUGUAAUGCUUGUUAUGCUUCAGCCUGUUUCUGCAAUGCAGGGAGUGUAAAACGCAAGGGGUAUCGUGCGGUUCUCCGGGUUCAGAAAGUAACCAUUGCAGAGUGCAUUUCAUGUGGAGCUUUACCAGUUCUACUUUCAAAUUUGAAAUGUUCUUUCUAACCCUGUAACUCCCAGCAUCAUUUGAAAAGUGUACUAAAAGUGUCAAAAGUCUCUUGUUUUUUAUGUUUUGCCAAUUCUUUUUUUUAAUUUUUGUAUCUGAGGUUCAGAAAAUACCAUACACAUACUUCAAAAAAGAGGCUUCGACAUCAGCACUUGUGAUGCUUCAAAUAUAUUAAUCUGAACAAAUGAUAAGAAAAUGUAUGACUGUGAAUCUCCAGAUAUAUUCACAAGUACUGCAACUCGAGUGCAGACCUGAAACAAUUUUUAUGCAGCUUGGUUUGUCAUUUGCAAUCAAAGCAAAGGACCAAGACGAAAAGCUGCAGCCUGGAUCAGUAGGACUUGCAGCAGUAUUGUUACAAACUGCUAGGACAAGUACACAUCAGGCUUGGGAGUUAAAAGGUUUCAGCACUUCAGUGAAUAUGCUGGGUCCAAAGAGUGGCUGGCACACCCAUGUUAAUGUUUUUACCCCUAAGUGUGUGGUUAGGUGUGUCUCCUUCGAAGCCUCAUUGCCUGAGACAUGUGCCUCACACGUCAUUGAGAUCCUGGAUUAUGCAUGCCGCUCAAGCAUUUUUCCUCAUUCAAAAUAGACUUGUAUGCACUUGACACAUUUUUAAAGGGACGCUGAAGUGGAAACAAGAUUAGUCGAGUGCAUUCUAUGGGAUAACAAGUCAGUCCAUCUUUUUGGAAGCAGAGGCUCGGCAAGCUGGGAAGGAUGCAAAAAUGAAAUGACAUGUAGCAACAGCCCCUUCAAGUUCCUGCACCAUAGAUGCACGGUGUGACGAUUUUUGACAGAUCGAUCAUCUUGUGGCUAGGUGGUUGUUCAUACCAGUGAAUCAUUCCAUUGCAAAAAUUAGUAAAAGGAGAGCUUUUAGGAGACUCCUUCUUCAUUAUAUAUAUAUAUAUAUAUAUAUAUAUAUAUAUAUAUCAUGACCUCAGUAUGUGCAAAUGCCACGAAAUGCUUGAUGUCAGCUGUGGUAUGGAUGUGACAUGCGAAAUACAGUUCCGAAAAAGUACCACACUAUUUUAAAGGGAUUCAGCAUAAAGUCUUCAGCGUCCCUUUAACACUUGCCACUCACUUCAUUGAUGAGCAUUGUCAUCUGUUUUUUAGUAGUGCAUGAAAGCCAUAGAGACAAUAUUUCUGGAAAGGGCCCUGCCUGUUGCAAACCAUGUGUGAAGUUUUGUCAACCAGUUUUGAGAAGGCUUCAAUUCUGUGAUAACCUAAGUUUACCAUGCUGAUCCAGUGGCUAACAAACAGUGCCAGCUCCACGCAUCGCUUGCCACAUUCACGAAAUGAUUACAAAGCUGCAUGUAUAACUGUGGUUAUUGAGAGCAAAAGGCAUCAUAUAUACAGAUAUUGUUCUUUGUGUUGAGCCCACUGUGUGUUCUGUAGCAGUUGUAACACAGGCUGUCACUACUUCUAACACGGCAUCCGUAACCAUGUUAUCUCUCCAGAAAAACAAAUGUAUUUUUCAUGUUUGCAAGCAGAUUGUGGUACAGGGAUCCACCUUCUACUUAGAAGAGCACAUUCCAGUUAGGCUGCACUUAGGCUUGUCUGUUUGUACUGCUCUCAUCGUGUCACGAGCCUCACAGCUUUUCUUUCUUUUUUUUUUUUCACCAUGUGCUGUCCAUAGGGUUUCUUAUAGCUACAUAGAGGGAAAAUUAGCGCCGACGUGCCAUUGUAUGCGUGGGAAUGCCGUGAUGCGGUGGCCUCGGAUUGAGAUCUUUCUCGGAAAGCCAAGACGUCGUAAAGACAUGUCUCGCUAGCACCGUUCCAUUUGUCACAAUGGUUCAUUCUUUGCUAUAUAAAAUAUGCUGAUUUUUCUGUAUUUAUGUGUAAAAAACAAACAAGAAUUAAGUCAUGGGAACUUGUGCUGAUUUUUGCUAUCCUAUCGAAUGCGAGCAGUACCGGCGGCUGCUAAAGUUGCGUGUUAAUUUCAGUCUGUGUGUUUCCUAACAAAUAACAAAAGGUGUAUUAUGAAAAAACAAACACUGUUGAUUAUUCUUAGAAAGCAUUAUUUGUGUGGAAAUGACUAUGCUUUAAGCCAAGCCACGUUCGAGGGGAAUCUCGCACACCCACAUCUCAACAUUUCCAUAGCGGCACAGCGAAAACUCCCACAAAUGGUGGCACCAAACUUUCCUCUAGGUAAUGUUGUAAGAAACUCUUAAGACGCUGUCCACGCCUCGACAUGUCGCAUUGAGGUCAAUGUAACAGUCCUUUCCACGUUUGAGGGCCCCAGCUGUUGUGACGCUAUUGUUUUAUUUUUUAGAUAUAGUAGUAGUACGAAUUUCUGGUGUAUUUUCGGCACAGCAUCGUUUGUCCACUUUUAAUGCUGUGCAGUGACUGCAGCCAAAGAUAUUUUUCACAGAACCACCCAUUUAUGCAGGCACACCAUGCUACACGUUUUUGGCCAUGGUGACAACGUGGUUUUCUCAUGGCAUGGAAUAGACACACCGGUGCCAUGGCAAAAUGCAUUCUGUUCAGUUGCCGCAUGAUUUUUGAUCUGUUGAUUUCAGUCAUAAAUCAGAGUUUCAAACAGGCUGGCUACAUUUGUAUUACUAAGACUAAAUAUGUUCUUUCCAUUCAAAAAUUUAAAGAAGGGUUAACCAGCUGUCAAGUAACAGCAGCUUGCUGUGCUUUUUCUUGAACUUUGAUAAAACAUGCAGGCCUUUAGGCAGCAGGUUUUGCUAGGAAAUUUCGCUAUGGAAUGUUCUUGUCAAUUUUGGUUAAUUCCUAAUGUCCUUGGCCAGUUUGCUUUAAGUGGGCUAAAAACAUUUUUAGGAGUAGGGAUUGAAAAAAUAAAGAAUGUCACGUAAAAACUUGCAGAUACAGCUGCAAAUGCUACCAAGAAAAUACACAAAGUGGGAACAUUCAUUCCUGCAGGAAAAGUUAUCCCAUUGUUAUAUUUGAGGCGAACAUCUGGUUUUUGUUGCAGGUUUAUAUACAAGGCUUGAAAGUGCAGACUGUGACAAUUGGUGCACAAAUGAGAGCAAUAAAUUUGGUUUUCAUCAAU